AGCUGAUUAGCAUCUGAACAGUUUUUCCCGCUUCCAAACACUAGUUUACCUCGUUCAGUGUUAUUUUGAAUGAAAAACGCCGUAAUAGUGAUUGAAAAGAACUAAAUUUAUUUAAAAUGCACGUAAGAAUUCGUAAAUUGACCUCAACUUCAAAAGAUAACGAUUUGAUACUGGUUGUCUCCAAGACAGCUUCAAUUAAGGAACUUCAAGCUAUGAUUAAAACUAAAUUAAACGUAGAAAUUGAUCAUCAAAAAUUAUACUAUAGGGGGAAACAGCUGAUAGAAGACCACACAAUAGCAGAUUAUGAUAUUAAAUUAAACGAUGUAAUCCAGUUGUUGAUUAAACUAGACUCAGUUGAGCAAAAAACGGGAAAAGAGAAUAAAAGCCCCAAUACAAGAGAAAUUAAAACGGAAUCGCAAAUUGAAGCUAAAAGUCGUUAUUAUGAAAAUGGUGAUAAGAUUGAUGUCAUUGAUUCAGACCAUGGUGCUUGGUUUGAAGCAAAAAUUUUGAACAUUUUUGGACCAAAAGGAAAACAAAGUACAGACGAAAGUGAUUUAGUUUUUAGGAUAAAAAUGGAUAGAAAUGGAAAUACUGCUGCUUUUGAUGUUACAUUUAGUGAUAUUAGACCACGGGCAUAUUAUACCUAUAAAGAAUCUGAAAUUAAGCCUGGAUUAACAGUCUUGGCAAAUUAUAAUAUUGAAAACCCAACAACUCGAGGAUACUGGUACGAUUUUGAGAUAAAAGCAAUGACAAAAAAGGGUAUUAAGGGUACUUUAUUAGUUGGCACAGAUCAUGCAAGACUUGAAAAUUGCACAAUUAAAUUUAUAGACGAAUUGCUGCGGAUUGAGAACCCUACAUUACUAAACGAAAGAUUAGAAAAACAAUCCAAAGAAAUUCCACUCAGGAAACUUCCCCUUUACUGCACCAAAUGCAAAGACAACUCUGCCAAAAACUGCAAAGACUGUGGUUGUCAGAUAUGUUCCAAAAAAGAAAACGCCGGAAUUUUAAUCUUGUGUGAUGAAUGCGACGAUGCUUUCCACUUGUCAUGCCUCAUUCCCCCCUUAUCAGCCGUUCCAACUGAGGAAUGGUAUUGCCCCGAUUGCAAAAUCGACGACUCGGAAAUCGUCAAAGCCGGUGAAAAACUCAAAACUAGCAAAAAGAAAAUGAAAAUGCCGAGUUACAAAGGGGCGAAUCGCGAUUGGGGCAAGGGAAUGGCUUGUGUGGGUCGUACCAGCGAAUGUACCAUCGUCCCAAAGGACCAUUAUGGGCCUGUGCCGGGCGUGGAAGUGGGAACUUGUUGGAAAUUCAGAGUGCAAGUUUCGGAAGCGGGGAUUCACCGGCCCCACGUUGCUGGGAUUCACGGCCGGGAAAAUGACGGGGCUUACAGUCUGGUUUUGAGUGGUGGGUACGAAGAUGAUAUUGACAACGGGGAGGAAUUUUAUUAUACGGGGUCAGGGGGGAGAGAUUUGUCCGGGAAUAAGAGGGUCAAUGGGCAGAGUUGCGACCAGAAGUUGACAAGAAUGAACAAGGCUUUGGCACUUAAUUGUAAUGUCAAAUUUAAUGAUAAGACUGGUGGAGAAGCGAUAGAUUGGCGGAAAGGCAAGCCUGUAAGGGUCGUAAGAAAUUAUAAAUUACGAAAACAUUCAAAAUAUGCACCACUUGAUGGAAAUCGUUAUGAUGGGAUAUACAAAGUGGUCAAAUAUUACCCACAGAAGGGUAAAUCAGGGUUUAUUGUUUGGAGGUAUUUGUUGAGGAGGGAUGAUCCAGUGCCGGCACCCUGGGUACAAGGGGGGCGCGAGUUUGAAAUGAUUUAUCCUCCAGGAUAUCAAGAAGCUGAAGCUUUAAAGCAGGAUCAAGACAAUAAAAAGAAACGAAAACACCAAGAAUCAUCAAAUAAUUUAAAAGAGAAAAAAACUAAAAUUGAACCCUACAAAUUAACACCCGAAAUAGAACAAAUGAUAAAAGAUGAUCAUGAAAACAAGAAAUUGUGGGUGGAGUGCAAAGAAGUGUUACGUGAGGGUAAAUUGAAGUUUCUGAAUAAAGUCGAAGAACUUUUUAUUUGUGUAUGUUGUCAAGAAAUCGUCUUUGAACCGAUUACAAUGAGCUGUAAACACAACGUAUGCAAGCGCUGCUUGAAACGAUCGUUCACCGCACAGAUUUACGUUUGUCCCUGUUGUCGAUUUGAAUUAGGGGAUAAAUAUGUUUUGAAUAUCAAUGAAAAUUUAGGAAAUAUACUAAAAACUCUUUUCCCAGGGUAUGAUUCGGGUCGCUAACAUAUUUUACAGUAAAAAUAGUUUUUCUGGGUAUUUUAUCGGAUCUGAAUUUUGACCAAGUCUUUUACGACUUUAAUGUAUUUUUUUGAUAAUUAUUAUUUAUUGUAUCGGUAUGUUGUAAGAUUUUUAAACAAUAUAUGAUUUUUCUGCUUAGGAUUUCAAAAAAAAAAAAACAAAU